CCUGCUUCUACAAUACUGCGGUGUACUAACUACCUCGUUAUCAUUCGUGUGCAUUCGUGAUCGUUAACAUGCAACUUAAAUAUGUCGAUUACUCUAACUUAUUUUUUUCUUUUUGAUAUUACACUAUUGUUUUAUACAACAACAUGAUACAACUACUCCAAAUCAAAAGUAAUAAAUGAGAAUAACAUCUUUCUCAUUUUAUUCAAAUUCACUUCGACUAAUGAGUUGCCUCCCUCGUUGAAGUUAUUUAAAUUUUAGCUUAUUCUGCAUAACAGUGUAAGAUCUGAUAUUGAAGCUUUAACAUUCAGAAACAUGAUUCAAAUUCGUUCUGUAGUAAUUUAUGGUACAUCUUUUUUAUUUUUGAUGUUACUCUUUUUACUGUACAUACUUGGAGCUGCUCGUUAUGUUACGGAUUUUGAAGAAAAUACUUGCGACAUGACAUAUAUGUUUGAAUAUCCACAGUAUGUGAGAGUAUCCUUGGAUAAUGAAAUAGAAGAACAAUAUCCUAGAUAUGGAUUAUAUGCGUAUGGAGAAGGUUUUAUUACAGAAAAACUUAGACGAAUGUAUUUCACUGGAAUACCGAUACUUUUCAUUCCAGGAAAUGCUGGAUCUCAUGAACAAGUUAGGUCUCUUGCAUCUGUGAGUUUAAGAAAGAGUUUAAAAGAUAGGACUCCAUUUCAUUUUGACUAUUUCACCGUGUCAUUAGGAAAAGAUUAUUCUGGCUUAUAUGGAGGUGUACUAAUGGAAGUAACUUUGUAUGUUUCGUAUUGUAUACAAAAAAUUUUAAGUUUGUACAAAUCCGACAUAGAGAAUAUUGUACUUAUUGGACAUUCAAUAGGAGGUAUUAUAGCUAAAGGUUCUGUCUUAUUAACACCAAAUAUAAAUGCUAGUGUUGCAAGUAUUAUUCUUACUUUGGCUACUCCUCAUACACCUUCGUUAGUACUAGACAGUACUUUUGCCAGUUAUUAUUAUAACUUGGAAAGACGUUUAAGUCAAAUUAAGGAUGCUGGAACAACUACGAUAUCAAUAGGAGGUGGACCACGAGAUACACUGGUGACCUCAACACAAAUUGUAGACUCUACAUCUGAUAUUAAUAUCCUUUCUACCAGUGUACCAGAUGUGUGGAAAUCUACAGAUCAUUUAAGUAUACUCUGGUGCAAACAAUUAGUGUUCUCUAUUGUGCGUUUAUUAUUUGACUCUGUUAGUAUUUCUCAAAAGUCUCCUAAAAUUUCUUCCAAAAUUGAUGAGAGAAUGCAGGCUUUAUCGUAUCAUCUUUAUCAUCGUUCUUCUGGAAAGAGAUUAUAUCAUCACAAAGAGAUAGUAGAAUUUGAACCUGGUGGUGAGUGGAUAGAAGAUAUUCGAAGACAUUAUACAUGGAAUAAUAAAAAUUUAUCUAAAAGGACAUCCCCUAUUUAUCUCAUGAUUAGAUUUAAUGGACAAAAAGAUCAUUUAACUAUUGACACUGUGAACUUAGAAUCGAAAGAUUGGUUGUUUGCAUGCACAGCAUCUAUCAUACAAGGGCAAUCCAGAGUUUGUAACUGGGGCUGGAACUUGACGAAUAGAACGAGAAUGUUGCCAGAUCCUUUACACCGUUUAAGAAAAACUGUUGACUUAAAUCUACAGGAAAUAAAGUACCCUGGUGUAACACAUAUUAUAGUAAGAAUUACUCCAGAUAAUUUUGAAAAGUAUGUUGCAGUAAACAUCGAUAUGUAUUCUUACGAUACAAGACUUGUACCCAUUAUGGGCAUUGUACCUCUGUUGAAAAAUUUUUAUGUAAAACAGCAAGCAAAAAAAUCUGAUAUUGGACAUAUCAGAUAUUAUAUUACUUUUGAUAAUCCUGUAAAUGCUAUAACAGUUGAACUUAAAGCAUCUGAAUGUAUAGAUCCAAAAUAUCAAACAGUUGUUGAACUAUCUGAACCAUGGAGUAUUGGCAUUACGCAAAUUCAGUUUUUUACAGAUGUGGAUAAUGGUCCAAAAACAAUGAAACUUCAAACCAAAUAUAAAUAUUCCGACGUUUUUCCAAGUUUAAGGAUAACUUUUGAUCCUGUAUGUUCCUAUACAAUUACCAUUCAUGAAAGUGGUAUCAUAGAUAAAAUUUCUAUUAUCGUAAGAGAUCGCUGGUACCUUCUAUAUACAACGAUUGUUAGUUUACUUUUAAUAUUUUUAUCGAUACGAAUCGAUCACAAUCAUGAACAAAUACCAAUACUACUGGUGACAAUAUUUUUAUCAUAUUAUUAUGGCCUAAUGUUCGAAUGUUUAAUUGCUUUGGCAAUUCUUUGUGUAUUUGCCAUUGGACUAUGCUGUACCAUUAUAUUUCUUGGUUCAGUAGCACACAGUAUUGCUGUUAGGUUUCUAGCACGCGCAAUAGCCUUUUCAACAACAUGGUCAGAUUGGCUACUUGGAGGAUUAAAUCAGUUGCCACUUAUUACCGCUAUUCUUGUUUUAUCUUUAAUUCCUGCAACUUGUGGAGCUUUAGCUAUGUUAAUUUCAGUUUUUCUAUACUUUUUAAAUUUAACAAGAAUGUAUGAAGACUAUUUGGAAGAAUUGUUAAUGGCUUCAUUACAACAUUUUAACUGGAUGGGACGAUUUAAAAGUAUAAAAGACCCUAAAGAACAUGAAAAUACAAGACAAAAAAUAUUCAAUCAUCUUAUUCUGUUUUUGCUUUGGUGUUUUACUGCUAUUCCAGCUAUACCAUCUGUACUUGUUUGGGCGAAGAAUUUCAGUUAUGAUAUGAGACUUUCUACUGAAGAUCCUUUAUUAUAUCAAAGCUGGAUAGUUUUAGUAGCAUGCAGUACAUCCGGAUGGUUACAAAUUCCUCCUAAUUAUCUUGGAAUUCGAUCACGAGUAUUGGCUAGCGCAUUAUAUUUCUUAGGUUGGAUUGUACUUCUAAUGGGAGCUGCAACGCGCCCAACCUUUUAUCAAUAUUAUAUCCCACCUAUCGUCGCUGGAAUUACUAGUCUGAUUACAUUAAAUUUCAUUAUUCCAUCAAAUAUAGCUCACUGAAGACAAAUUUAUUAAACAAAUCUCAAACACAUGAAGCCUAUGUAUAUUGCAUAUUAAUGUUGUGUUUAUACAUUGUGUAUAAUACAUGUUGUUUGUACAAGAAUAAUUGAUUUUUGAAAAAUGAAACUAGACGUAACAAGAAAUAAGAUUGUAUGACAGGUGUACUAACACAAGUAAACAUUUCAAAACAUCUAAAUUAAGUUAUACUUUCUUUAUCACAAAUUAAUAUUAUCAUUUUCUAAAUGAGAAUAAUUGUAUAAAGAAUUAAAAAUUCUUUUGUAUAUACAAAAAAAGAAAUAUACAAUAAUAAUAUAUAUGA